CUGCUAGCUAGCUGUGUUCGCUACAUGCUAACGCUGGCGUGUUGUAACACAAACACGCAGUGAACCUAAGAACGUGGAAAGCUAUUUUCUAGUUUUAUAAACAGACAUCGUAUUUAUAAUGAUGACGGUGAUGAUUUUUUUCAAGAUUUAAGUUUACAACGUGCUUCGUAGUUUGGGAUUAGCUAACAGCAGCUAGCUAAAUGUGGUAGUGAUCAUCAGGUGGAAGCUGAGUCUUCAUGUCACAACAAAUCACGGCAGUUUGAGGAUUACCUAGUUCGUUAUCAUUAAAUAUCUCUACCUACCAUGCAUACACUUGUGUUAUCUGACACUAAAGAUGAAAAUAAUUAGGAUAAUUGACAGAAGAAAUAUAAAAUAGUAAUUAAAAGUUAUUGUCAAAAAAAGUUCUGCAACUGUUAUUGUCAUUACAGAUUAUUCUGUUGAGCAGGUUCUUCAUUAAGUUGUAAUUUUCUCAUGAAUAAUCAAAAAUGCCAAUUACAGCUUCCAAAAGCCUUAGGUGAUGUCUUUAAAUUUCUGGUUUAGAGAAUCAGAAUCAUAUAUAGAUACACACGAACAUAGAGUAGAAACAAGGAAAUAAUUAACCAUAUCACUAUUAUGUACAAAACAGUGAGGAAUAAAUAAAUACACCAAUAACUUAAAAGAUAAAAACAUAUGACAUUUUGUCUGAGCAACAGGUCUAAAAUCCAAAGAUAUUAAAUUUCCUAUUACUUACGACAAAGAAAAGCAACAAAUGACAAACUUAAACUGGUGAAAGUUUGGGAUUUUUGCUUGAUAAAUUGCUUAAAGUGUGAACCAAUUAACAGAAUAGAAGAUGAUUAAUUUUCUGUCCAUCUAUCAAUCAACUUUUUUGCAGCUCUAAUUUAAGUUUCGUGUGACUAUGGACGCAACCUGCAGUGCUUCUGCGGCUCCGGCCGGUCUGACGGUCCAGGUGUGUUUCCCUGGUGCUCGAGCUGCUGUUCUGGACAAUCUCAACCGGCAGCGGGAGGAGGGCCGGCUGUGCGACCUCUCCAUCCAGGUGCAAGGUCAAGUGUUCAGGGCCCACCGGUGUGUGCUCGCUGCAUCCUCGCCAUACUUCCAUGACCAGGUGUUACUGAAGAAUGUCACGACUGUUUCCCUCCCCUCAGUCAUGGACCCGUUGGCCUUUGAGAGUGUCCUGAGUUCUGCCUACACAGGCCAGCUGAGCAUUGUGCAUGAUGACAUUGUCAACUAUGUCACUGUAGCCAGUUUCCUUCAGAUGUGGCACAUUGUGGACAAAUGCACUGAGAUCUUGAAGAGACCCCGGCCCUCAGUAGAGGUCACCCCUGGAGAGGCGACUGCAGCCAACCAGGGCACUGCGUCAAGACAGCAGUCCCCGAGCAGCACCGACUGCUUAAAUCUGGAAAGGGAGGGAAGACGGAGGGAGAGGAAGCCCGACACCUUGCCUCCCUUAGCUACAUGGAGACGCCCGCAACAGUUCCCUAGGUGGGGGCGUCCACGUCCCUCAUCAGCCCAGCACUUAGCGGACACUCAGCUCGACGUGCUCCCCAGCUACACGGAGAGUGAGUACACCAGCUCUGAGGAGGCAUGGAUAUCAAGCCAUGCCAAAACUAGCCACUUUGCACAUGAUGGAACCGGACACAAUAGCCGGCACCACGGGGGGUUCCCUAGUGGUGAGACAUUAAAGCAGAAAGUCAGGUUUCAGCAGCGGGGUACGACGCCGAACGCUGAUAGACAGCUUGAUAAGAACAGAGGGAAUGGGGACAGUGAAGAGACACAUGAGAAGAGGAGGAACGAGAAGAGAGAGAUCGAGGCAGAUGAAGGAGUGGGUGAGGAGGCGGUGGAGAAGAAGCAAGGCUUCGCACAAAUGGGACACUGUGCAGACUUCCACCAAGUAUCAAAUGAGAAUGCGGAGGCCGGACAAGCCACAGGGAAGACAAGUGCCGAUGUGCUAAAGGAAAAAGUGCAGAGAGAUCUGGCAGGAAGUGAUCACUCCUCAGAUCUGCCCUCCGGCGUUCACGCCUGUCAAACAGGUGAGGGAGCUCUGGGCCCGUCCUGUCCGGUUUCAGCCCGGCAGCAGUGGCAGUCGGGCCCCUGGUCUCAGCAGGAGCAGAGGCCGCAGGAAGGAGAGGGCGGGAGCUGCAGUAAAGACGAGGAUGAGGAUGAGGAUGAAGAGGAUGUGGACUUUGAAUGUUUCACAGAGGGGACCUUCAGCAGAGACACGUAUGAUGAGAUUGAAGAUGGCACAGGACAGGUUUCCCAGAGGCCGUUGGUCCCUGUGUCUCCAGACUUCACAAUGGCGGGCUCCGAGGUGCACUGGCCCUCCACCAGUGUGGGACAGACUGGCUCAUUGACCCCCACCUCCAGUCGCCACUUGUCCCCAUCCUCUGCUGCUUUCCCACCCGCCUCUUCACCCCCAACCCCGUCUUCGUCAUCCUCAGUCUCGCUCGCUGGCGCCCCCUACACGGGGAAAGUCCACUUUUGCCAUUGCGGCAAAGCCUACACCCUGAAGAGUAUGCGCGACCGUCACGUGAAGAUGCAGCACCUCAACCUGCGGCCGUUCGGCUGUCCUGUUUGCACAAAGUCUUUCAAGAUGAAGCACCAUCUAACCAAGCACCUUAAAACCCACGGGGGGCUGCGGCCCUACGAGUGCGGCCUGUGUGGGAAGAAAGUCAUUUGGAGGGACAGUUUCCUCAGGCAUCAGGCACGGUGCGAAAGACUCGCCUCCAGCUCCUCAGCUAACAGCAGCAACGCUAACACAGCAGCAGCAGGAGAUAUGGACGGCAGCUUCAGUUAUGGAUUUGACGAAGGGGAAGCUUUUCUAGCAACAGGAGGACAGGUGAAGGUGGAGGAGGUGGAUUUUCAUGGGGAGAUGGAGGAUGGGAUGAGGGGGCUGUUGGGAAGUGUUUCUGGGAUUGUGGAUGAACUAAGAUCACAGUCACAAAAUUUGGACAGUGGCAGUCAUGUUUUUAAAGAGGAGGCGAGUGAAAGCUUUAGUGGAAAUUAAAUAUUAAAGUGAUAGUUGGGGUUAUUUGGUGUGGGGUUGUAUGAUGUAGACAUGUAUAGUCAGUGUUACCUGCAGUAGAUUGAGUUUAGAGGAGCAGAGCGAUGUGCUGCUGUGAGCGGGGCCAGCAGAAAAAACAUGUUUUAGACACUUUUAAAAGACGCUCACUGAAAAACAAUCCAAUAUGUGUCUAAAUGUACACUUCAUGUAGAAUAUUUUUAGCUGUUUAUCUUCCUGUCAAAACAAAGUGAAGUUGAGCUCUUUCUGAUUCACUCAGCUGACCUGUACCUGUGACAUAAUACAGUGCAAUACCAAAGGAAAGUAGUGUUUUGACGGGUAGAUAAAGCACUGAAAAUAUUCUACAUGAAGCAAACAUUUAAACGGAUAUUGGAUUGUUUCAGUGGGCGUCUUCUUAAAGUGUCUAAAACAGGUUUUUUCUGGUGGUCCUGCCCACAGCAGCACAUGGCUCUGCUAGUGUACCGUGUUCCCUGCUGCUCCUCCUAACAGUCAGCGUGCUGAUCUGAAUCUACUGCAGGUAACACACAGACUAUGUAUGACUACCUCACACAACCACACGUCAAAUAACCCUAACUAUCCCUUUAAUGUGAAACAGCUUUAUGGCGUUAAACUGUAUGUACAUAAACACAAGAGGGACAAAGAAUCACAUGAUGAGUUUAAGGGCGUUUUCGCACAUAAAGUAAGUUUGCUCUGGUCUGAUUCAGUUGAUGAGUUUGUAAACUUGUAGGUUCAUUUUGCUUUCAAACAGAGAAAAAUUCAAGUGAACCAAAAUGCAUCAUUACAAACCACGUGAGAACGUUCCCUCCUCUUAUUGGUCAGAUUGUCUGGCUGGGGCAGGAAAGUAGACACAGGAGGAAGGUUACAGGAACCGUCAAGCUCAGGCAUGUCCAAAGUCCGGCCCAUGGGCUAAUAGUUGCCCGCUAACCGAUUUUAAAUGGCCCACAGCUUGUGUCUCAAAAUAUACUAUGUGGCCUGCCACACAGUAUUGGUUAAUGAAGCAAGUUCACUUUGUGUUUUUUCCUGUUCAGCUGGAACUAAUGUUUUCAGAAACAGACUGUAAACAGGCAACAGACGUUUGCUGCUAGGUAGCUGUCAUGGCCACAGCAAAGAAGUGGGAAGUAGACGGCGAGGGACGCCCCUUUGAGGAGCGUUGGAAAGUUGAAAACUUUUUCACUGAAAGCCAAAAUUGUUGUGUUUGUCUCAUUUGCCAAGAGACCGUCGCUGUUCAAUGUGAAGAGACAUUACAAGACUAAGCAUAAUUCCUACCAGCGCUUGAAACAUCAAGUGAAACAGCGUAGCCUCCCUGCAGUGGCUUUUCACACCGCAUGGCCCCCAGGUGUUUCCACAUUAUCAAAUCUGGCCCCAAUUCAAUAAAGAAACACCCCUUGUCGAGCUCAAACUUGUGAGUUCACCUGCUAGUUGGGGCGGAUCGAGUUCAGAACUCUCUCACAGCAAAAAGAAACUGCACCAGAGUCCGUUUCGGACCGGACUGAGACCACCUCCUUGGAAGGGUCUCAGCGAUCGUUUUGGUCUGAGUGCGAUUGCUGUUUUCACACCUGCCCAAAUGAAUCGUACCAAGAGGGAAACGAACCAGGGUUCAGUUUAAAAGCACUAAAAAGUGCAGGUGUGAAAACAUUCUGAAAGUCAGUAAAGGUUUGGAUCUUUUUAUGUACAUUCUUCUCAUGUCAUUGAUAUUUAAAAAAAAAAAAAAAAGAAAAAAAAAGUAGCAAUCAUAUGCUUUAUUCAAGUGAUCCUUUUUAAUUUGUGCAGUGUCAUGUCGACUCGUUAAGUGAUGCUGUAACCUGUACAUCUGUAACCAGCAACGCUGUGAAUACUUCUGGAGCCCGAAUAAAGUUCAUCUGCAUUUUGCACAUAAAUUAUUUACCAUUGGAAAAUAAAUACAAAAGUGUAAAAAUAUUUCCUGUGCAAUGCUGACGUCUCCUCGCACUAUGUCACAGAUCAAAAUCUUGGUAUAUAUGAUAAUAAAAACAAUUUGGAUGUUUGAUUGUGGAA